GGGUAUGCUCAUCCCGGUGUCACCCACUGCGCAGUCAAAGUGUGACGUCACACUCGAAUAAACUGUGAUUGGACAGGACAUUACAACAUGGCGGUCCCCUGUUUGUUUUUAUGAAGAAACGUGAUCCAUGGAUAUUAAAAUGUCCUGUUCUGUGAAAGGAUGUAAGAACUAUUUUCGGAAAACAAAAUUAUUUAAUGGAAGCAUAAAAUAUUUUUCGUUUCCAAAAGAUCUUACGAUCGCAUCUAAGUGGCUUGCAGUAUGCGGAAAACAAAAUGUUAACAGUAAAAAAGCUAUGAUAUGUUCCCAACACUUCGAUGCAUCAUCCUUUGUACAGUCGCCGAAAGAAAAGUCACUUUUCUAUUCUCAGAAAAGAUUAUUAAAAUUGAAAGCAGAUACAAUUCCCACGUUACGUAUAAUGUUUGACGCGCCACAAGUGGAAGCCGUUUAUUGUGUCAAAAGAUCAUUACCAUUAAUUGAUACAUCGAAUAUGCUAGAAUCAACAUGCAACGACACAUCAACUUCGGAAUCACAAUGCAACGAUACGAUGCCGUCUGCUACAUUUGACGAUGAUACACCUACGUCACAAAGAAUCCAGUCAAUCGACAAUACUACAGCGUUACCCUCAACAUCAAAGGAUGUAUCUGCUCUUUUGAAGAAACUGAGUUAUAAAGUAAUGUUUAGAAACUUUUCAGGUUAUUAUACGAAAGAAUAAUGUUGGUUCUUAUGGUAUGCUUUCAGUAAUAGUGUUGAAGAGCAAUUAGUUGCUCAUGUACAAAGAGAAAGAGAGUAAAAGUAAUGAAGAUGUGGAAACAAAAAUGUAUCAGAUGCUCGGAAAAAUAUUUACUCCGGGGCAAAUACAAAUGUUACUAAAUCCGUCUCAGACUUGUAUAACAUGGUCUUCAGAAGAUAUAGCAAGUGCUAUAUCGUUACGAUCUGUCAGUCCAAAAGAAAAAGUUAAUAAAAUUCACAAAUAAUAAAUCUUUUUCGUAGCAUUUUA